GGUGCAGCAAACUGGAGUCGGAUCAAUUCCCACAUAGAUCUCUGAGUGUCAACACAUCCUCCGACGUGUCCCAGAUCUUGGGAUGUGAAGGAUGUUGGAGCUCACAUUUGUUCAGUACCUUACAGUCAAAAGGAUGACACAACUGUAACAUAAUUGAUUCCUACACAGCUGUCUGAAUAACCUCAACUUAGCAGCUCCACAGUCUCACAGCCACUUUUGUUACCACCGCACUGUUCAACCAACAAGUUAAGAUGCCCUGGCCAUUUUCAGAGUCCAUCAAAAAGCGGGCCUGCAGGUACCUCCUUCAUCGGUACCUGGGGAAUUUUCUGCAGGAGAAACUAAGCUUGGAUCAGCUCAGCCUUGAUCUUUAUCAAGGCACUGGGUCCCUUGCACAAGUACCAUUGGAUAAAUGGUCCCUCAAUGAGCUCCUGGAGACGGCAGAUGCUCCCUUUGAGGUAAUUGCAGGGUUCAUCCAGACGAUAUCUCUGACCGUUCCAUGGGCAGCGCUGCUACAGGAAAACUGUGCCCUGGAGGUCAAGGGUUUGGAGAUGGUGCUAAGACCAAGACCGAGAGCGGCUUCUGGCACUGAGCCCAUGUACUGGUCCAGUUUCAUGACAAGCAGCAUGCAGCUCGCCAAGGAAUGCCUGAGCCAAAAACUCACCGACGAUAUGGGAGAAAGCUUUCAGCCUUUUGAAGGAUUGGAGAAGUUUGCAGAGACAAUAGAAACAGUUUUGAGACGAGUCAAAGUGACAUUUUUGGAUACCGUUCUCCGAGUCGAACACAUUCCAGAAAAUUCUAAAACUGGAAUUGCACUUGAACUUCGAAUCAGGAAGAUUGUGUACUGCGAUGAAACCGGGGAAGAGAGUCCAAGUGUAAAUGUGCAUCAGCCAACCACAUUCGCCCAUAAAAACAUGCAGAUGGAAGGAAUCACUGUAUUCUGGGACGAGUUCUCAGUCGUGUCUCGCGAUUGCAGAUCCUCACCCACCCCUCCGGAAACCGAGCCAAAGCUCUCCCCCAGCUGGAAUCCCAAAAUUAUAUGUGAGCCCCAUCCACAGUUUACAGAGCCGCUGUCCUCCAUGACCCCCUUUGAGACUGUGCAGGUCGGAAGCCUCAGUGGUAAAAUUGAGCUGUCCCUCACUCUGAAAAACAACCUAGCUCUGCCUGGUGCAAAG